AUGCCGCCUCCUCACCCGAAAAAGUCAAUCCGGUGUCACAAUCGCCGGAUACUCAAACAGUCCGGCCUUCCAACGGCAGCGUUGUACCCACCAACGGGGCUCGUGUUGUCGCCAGCUUUAACAGCAAUCGCGAAUGACCCCGGACCGCUUCGCAUCCUUUUUUGGCAUCGAAUAGCCCAACAUCACACAACUGCAAAGGGGUGGUUGCUCGAUCAAAUAAAGGCAAAGCCGACCGAUUUCUCGGGACUUGAGCUCAUGUCGGUUGUGCUGAAGCCCGCGAUUCAUGUCUCUGUUCAGGGCCAAUGGAGGGAGGUGUUGGCUCGGGUUGCAUUCACUUUGUCCCAGUUACCGUGGCCGGGAAUCAGUAGACAGCACGGCCAUGUUUAUAACACCCACUUGGUCAUGAAUGACAUAACAACUGGUUCGGUUCUCGCGUCGAGACAAGUCGAUCUGUCGCCUGAUCCGUCUUAUCCACAGCCUCGAUCUUACGUUUGUCGAUACCGUUGUCAUGUCGAAGGGCAUCAUUUCGACGAUUGCUUCGCCCCCCCCUCGUCUUCACUCCCCCGGUACAAGUUUUCCUGCCUUAAUCAACUCAACCUCGACCACCCAAGGCUCUACAGCCGCUCCACCCGCAUGCUGAGGCAACAUGUACCAGCCGAACCGUUGAACAAUCCCACUGGUCACGGUUUCACCGAUUCCUUUCGCCCCAGCGCCCCUUCGCAAGACGGGCUGACAACCGAACCAGCGAGGUGA